UUCCGUGUUUCUGUCGGAGGAUAUAACGCGACGCAUCAGGCGGAAGCGGCGUCCCGGGCAGUUGCCACGUCGGAAUUACAAUCAAUUCGCUUCUCAUUUCUCAUUUUUUAUAACAUAUUAAAAAUAUUUACUGGAGGGCUUCUCGUCAGUCUGUAGGCAUGGUUUCGGUCAUUAACACAGUGGACACCUCACACGAGGACAUGAUCCACGACGCUCAGAUGGACUACUACGGCACCCGCCUGGCUACGUGCUCGUCCGACCGCACCCUCAAGAUCUUUGACGUCCGCAACGGCGGACAGAUCCUCGUCGCCGACCUGCGAGGGCACGAAGGUCCCGUGUGGCAGGUGGCUUGGGCGCACCCCAUGUUUGGCAACAUCCUGGCGUCCUGCUCAUACGACCGCAAAGUCAUCGUGUGGAAGGAGGAGAACGGCACCUGGGACAAGAUGUACGAAUACACGGGACACGAGUCGUCAGUUAACUCGGUGUGUUGGGGUCCAUAUGAGUUUGGCCUGAUUCUGGCGUGCGGCAGCUCUGACGGCGCCAUCUCCCUGCUCACCUUCACGGGAGAGCAGCAGUGGGACAUCAAGAAGAUCAACAACGCACAUACGAUCGGCUGUAACGCGGUCAGCUGGGCUCCCGCCGUGGUGCCGGGCAGCUUGAUCGAGCAGCCGUCGGGACAAAAGCCCAACUACGUCAAACGCUUCGUCUCCGGUGGCUGCGACAACCUCGUCAAACUCUGGAAGGAGGAGGACGGCCAAUGGAAGGAGGACCAGAAGCUGGAGGCGCACAGCGAUUGGGUGAGAGACGUGGGCUGGGCCCCUUCCAUCGGACUCCCCACCAGCACCAUCGCCAGCUGCUCGCAGGACGGCCGGGUGUACAUCUGGACGUGCGACGACCCCGCCGGCAACGCCUGGACGGCCAAAUUGCUGCACAAGUUCAACGACGUGGUCUGGCAUGUCAGCUGGUCCAUCACGGGGAACAUCCUGGCCGUGUCCGGAGGAGACAACAAGGUGACGUUGUGGAAGGAGUCGAUGGAUGGUCAGUGGGCGUGUAUCAGUGACGUCAGCAAAGGCCAGGGAGCCGUGUCGGCCAUCACAGACACGCAGCAGGCAGAGCAGUGACGCACGCACCCUCUCAUGAUGUCGAUAUGGUUGUAAGAAAUAGAAUUGACUUUUUUUUUUUUUUUUUUUAAA